CCUUAGAUCUCAUCAAAAAAUAAUAAUAUAAUGGCCAAAAAGAAGCAAGGCAUUCCAGGUGCUAAUCAACAACAGCUCCAAACUUAUCAGCGUAUGAAUUUCUUGCAUCAAGCAGCUACCUUGAUGUCAACUAUUAUUCUUCCAACACAAAAUCAACCAACCACAUUAAAAAAUAAGAAAUGGAGCAAUACAAAAUCUACCCAUACUCUUCACCCACUUGGGCAAUAUUACAACAGCACAAUGAAGAAGAUUGGACGAAGAAUGGUAUUCCGUCUAGAUCCGAAUGUUAAGCGUACCAUAUGUAAGCAGUGUGAUUCUACUCUUGUGCCUGGCCUCACCAGCUCAAUUCAUGUAACCUCAAGACCAGAAACAGCAGUCAUUACAACAUGCAAGGUGUGUGGAACGACCAAGAAGUUCUUGGCACGCAAGAAACACAGUCUGUUUAGUAACCGGCCAGAGAAUCUAGUCGACCGAGCCAAUCCAAACGCAGACAAAAACACCUGAAUAGUUAUAUAUAUAUAUAUAUAAAUAUAUAUAUAUCAAGAGCAUAACUUGCUUGUACUUAUAUAAACACAAAGAAGUAAAUACUGUACACAC